AAGAUUUUGAACUUAGUUAAAUUUGUCUUUCUAUUUAAAUUUUUUUUUUUUAAAAAAAAACAAAUUUCUCCGAUAAGAAAAAAAAAUAGACGAUCUUUAUUCUUUCAUUUAGAGAAGUAGUUUUGGAUAAUUAAAUGUUGUUUUAUAAAACAAAAAUUCUUCGCUUCCAUGACUGAACCUUCCCCCGUUAAUGCAGAUCAAGCUUGUCAAGCAAACCAAGAUUGUAAUUAUUCAAUCGCUGGUCAAAUAUGUUUAGAUAAUAAAUGUACAUUUUAUUGUACAAUUGAUAGUGAUUGUAUUUCAAAUGGAAAAUGUAUAAGUGAAAAGUGUGACUGGUCUGGAGAACCAGUACCACCAUUAUUUCUAAAUUCCACACUGAGUAAUUUAGAUACAACAAAUUCUAGUGAAAAAACAACAGCUAAUAAAUUAAGUUCACCAUUAGCUAUAGCAAUUGUAGUUGUAGUUGCUAUUGUAGUUGUUUGUUGUUUAGUUGUUGCGUUAUUUUUUUGCAAUCGUCGUAAAAGAUUAGCUGAAUCAUCUCGUGGCUUAAAACCUCUACAAUUAAGUGGAUCUCGCACUUCACUUAGAAAAAGUAAGAGAGAUUCAAGGGAAAGGGAAAGAGAAAGAAGUUCUAAAAAAUUUCAACAUGAUGAUGAUAUAAUUGGACCAGAAGAUGAAAAAGAAGAACAUGAAGAUUUAUUUACUCCGGCUGCGGGUACACAUCGUCCUCCUCAACGUUCUCAAACUAUGUAUGGAACAUCUACUCCUUCAACAGUUGAAAUAAGUGUUGGUUAUCCUACACUUGGUCAACAACAUCAUUUUAUGCAACAAGAGUAUAUGGAAAUGGAGAGAGAUGAUCAACAACAACAACAACAAGAAGAAGAAAAACAAGAAUGAUAAAUGGUGAAAUGGUGGAAAAAUGGGAGGAGAUGGGAAACACAUUUAAUCGAUAACGAAGGAAUAUGAAUUCGUUAAUUUAUAAAUAUUUUCUUGCUAGAGUUAGUCUAUUUAUUUCUUUCUUCAAAGUAAUAUAUCUAUCAUUUACAUGAUAGUUACCUAUU